UGCCGUAUGUUAGUGCAGUCCCGAAUUGCCUGAUUUCUCUGCACAAAGCAAAAACCCAAAAUCCCCACUUUCUCUUCACUUAUCAGUAAAAUAAGCUCUAAUAUCCAACUCAUACAGUCACUGUUUCCAUCUAUGGCGGCUCCUUUCACAACUCUGCCAAAUGUGGGUUCAAUUCCAAGUCCAAGAAACGUGCCUCAGGUCAAAGCACUAAGCAGUACUUUCAAGGCGGUGAAGGUUUCAAAGGCAACAAAUGUUUCAUAUUUAUCAUCAUCAAGCUCGUUCUUUUCUGGCUCCUUCUCUUCACUUACGACGUCUUCUAAACACAAAACCCGUUUUAUUAGCUCGAUUAGAGCUACUUCUGAGGUGGCAGAUUUGCAAUCAAAGGUGACCAACAAAGUCUAUUUUGAUAUAAGCAUUGGCAAUCCGGUGCCCAAGCUGGCUGGAAGGAUUGUUAUUGGAUUGUAUGGUGAUGAUGUGCCCCAAACAGCAGAGAAUUUCCGUGCUUUAUGCACAGGUGAGAAGGGUUUUGGUUACAAGGGUUCCGCAUUUCAUCGUGUCAUCAAAGAUUUCAUGAUUCAAGGAGGAGACUUUGAUAAAGGAAAUGGAACUGGAGGUAAAAGCAUAUAUGGUCGUACAUUUAAAGAUGAAAACUUCAAGCUGGCCCAUACUGGAGCCGGAGUUGUUAGCAUGGCAAAUGCAGGCCCCAACACCAAUGGGAGUCAGUUCUUCAUUUGCACUGUCAAGACGCCGUGGCUGGAUCAGAGGCAUGUAGUGUUUGGGCAGGUUUUAGAAGGCAUGGACAUUGUGAAGUUGAUCGAGUCACAAGAAACCGACAGAGGUGAUCGUCCCAGAAAGAGGGUAGUUAUUAGUGAAUGUGGCGAGCUUCCAAUAGCCGGGGCAUGAUCAUUCUGAUUUCUUCAUUGUCAAACUUCAGACUAGUCUACCCUCUUCGUUAUGCUUUUUUCUUCUCAAAUGACUUUGAUUUUGAACCCCUUUGCGGUUUCUUCUUUACUUGCAUUGUAAUCAGUAGGAAAUUUUCAACUAUGAGAGAUGUUCCUGGGAUUUUUUUACGACACAAUGUUACUAAGAUGUAUCAUUUGAUAUGAUUGAAAUUCUAUACAUUAUACAUUGUUUUUACUUCUCA